UGGUUUGCAGUUUGCAGUUUGCAUGGUGCAUGUCCUCAGAUCAAAAAAUGUUUCGGAGCCUGUUUCUCACCAUCGUGUGUGGAUUUGCAGCGGCCGUUAUCAAUUCAGAACUGGAUCGACACUGGGAACAAUGGAAGAAGAUGCAUAAUAAAGUAUAUUCUCACCAGGUUGAGGAGUCGGGUCGCAGGCAGAUAUGGAGAGAGAACUUGAAAAUGAUUGAUGUCCAUAACCUGGAAACCUCCCUGGGUUUAGACAGCUAUGAGCUGGCAAUGAACCACCUGGGAGACCUGACCACUGAGGAGAUCACUGGCACGUUGAUGGGCACCAUUGUACCCUCUGACCUGGAGAGGGGCCCUUCAAACUUUGCCAGGGUCAACACCUCUCUACCACCAUCACUGGACUGGAGGGAUGAAGGCCUGGUAACUGAGGUCAAAAUGCAGGGGUCUUGUGACUCUUGUUGGGCGUUCAGUGCAGUUGGAGCUCUGGAAGGGCAACUCAAAAAAACUUCAGGCGUCCUCAUGUCCCUCAGUACUCAAAACCUGUUGGAUUGCUCCAUAAAAUUUGGCAACCACGGGUGCCACAGUGGCUUCAUGACAAAUGCCUUCCAAUACGUCAUUAAAAACCAAGGCAUAGAUUCUAAUGCAGCCUACCCUUACGUUGGCAAGCGUGGUCCAUGCAAGUAUAACCCACGGUAUCGGGCUGCUAACUGCUCGGGCUACACCUUCUUACCAAAAGGGGAUGAGUUUGCAUUGAGGGAAGCUCUAGCUAGCAUCGGCCCCAUCUCUGUAGCAAUUGAUGCCACCAGGCCCAAGUUUGUCUUCUACAGUCAUGGUGUGUACAGGGACCACACAUGCACCCACAAUGUGAACCAUGGAGUGCUGGCUGUGGGGUAUGGCACUGAGGGCGGACAGGACUACUGGCUGGUCAAAAACAGUUGGGGUUUACACUACGGAGAGGGAGGCUACAUCAAGAUGGCUCGGAACAGACACAACCAGUGUGGCAUCGCUCUCUAUGCUUGUUUCCCCUUCAUGUGAUUUUUAGGAUGUAUGUUUCUCAACAGUGGUUGGGACAUUUUUAAAUAAACAGCUUGAUCCUUAACUUGA